AUGAAAUCGUUGAUCAAUAGUAAUUCGGAAGUAGCGCCGUUCUGCUCGUCCAUUCUAGGGGUCACCUCCACCUCUGGCGAACAUAUUUCCUUGCUUGUGGAUGGGAAAGACCCCUGGCACAUGGCAGAACACAGAAAUGGAAAGGGCGGCAAGACCCGUGACCGCAGCAGAAAUCCGUUGAAAAAGGAUUCGACCAAAGAAGACUUGCUUGAGAGUUUUGCUUCAACAUUCACAGCUCUGCCGGCAAAGCCGACCCUCUCAAUCUCGAUAACUGUAUCACCGCUCGGCGGCCUGAAUACCAAAUAUGGCCAUACAAUCCGUGAAAUUAUCCAGAGCGAAGAGAAAUUUUGCAAGUGUCUCGCACAGCUCGGAAAAUUCUAUUUGGACCCGCUUCUUCUUAGAUGUCAGACCAUUGGCCUUGAGUGUACUCCACUCAUCAAUUUAAGGGAAGUUGUUACAAAGAUCCACACGCGACACCUCAAAUUUCAUAAAUCUAUGGUUGCGAACCCAUCAGCUUCGAAUUUCGCUAAAGAGGUGGAAAAUCUCUUGCGAUCUCAGACAUACAGCCAUUUCGAGUUGUAUUCAACAUUGAUCAAGCAUUUAGUAAAGUCACACACUUUACCAUUUGAGGUCGGGUUUAGCGAGCAAAUCCAGCGUUUUCUUGAACAGAAUCAGCCUCGAGGACGGAACAUGGACUUGUCGUUUCAGCUGCUCAUCCAAAAACCUCUCAGUCGGAUCACCAAGUAUCCGAUGUUUCUUAACAAUCUAAGACCUCAACUAGACUACAAACGCAAAUUCGCCAAAUUUAAAGAGCAGCUCGACCUCAUCAAUAUGGGGAUCGGGAAUAAUGCUGAGCGCAUCAAAGAGCUCCAAUCGAUCCAUUUCUCAAUGGCGCAUCCAGCUGCAAUCAAAAACCCAUUUUACUUUGGCCUCUUGAAAUAUUGUUCACAAAAUGUCACGAUAAAGCUCCAAUUGAAUGGGCGCAACAUUUGGUGUCUCAAAAAGUACCAGGUUUUAGUUUUUGAGAGACACCUACUAAUAGUGGAUAGUUCCAAGGCUCAUCCAAUUUUCUGCUUGCCGAUGAGAAGCUUUCAUAAAGAGGAUGGAAUCCACGAAAAAGAAUCCAGUUGCAUGUUAAGAUUCCAUGGCGCCGGCCAGGACUACUUGCUUUGCAUAGCGUUUGAUCUGCCAGAGAAACGCAACAGCUUUUCCAAGGAGUUGCGUAAACCAGAGAUCCAAGCGUUUCAAAUUCUUUCACAUGUUGAUCGAGACAGCUUCAUUUGCGUUCCUGGCUGGUGGGCCAGUAGGUGCUACUACAUGACUGGAACACGUUUGGGAACGGCAGCCGACGAGCAUGUGAGUUUAUCGCGUAAAAACAGUUUCAAAGACUUGUGGAGAAAUCGGAGCCGGGACAAAUAUUGA